AGUUAGGUUUUUUUUUUUCCUGCUAUUUCCAAGUGAGGGAACAAGGACCGAGAGAGAUUUGAAACAGAAGUAAAGAUGGGUUCUUUAUGUUAUUUCUCUUCUCUCAUUCUAUUUCUUUCACUGUUAACUCCACAACAAAUUUCUGGAAAGAAUACGGAGCUUGAAGCUUUGGUGAAGCUAAAGUUUGCUUUAGAUCCAACCAAUAAAUAUUUACAGUCAUGGACUAGUGAAGGUGACCCCUGCAGUGACUUAUUUGAGGGCGUGGCUUGCAACGAGCAUGGCCAAGUGGCUAACAUUUCAUUGCAGGGAAAGGGGCUAUCUGGUACAAUAUCUCCUGCAGUGGCAGAACUGAAGAGCUUGUCCGGUCUGUACUUGCAUUAUAAUUCGUUGUCUGGAGAGAUACCAAAGGAGAUUGUUAAUUUGGCUGGGCUGUCUGAUCUUUACCUCAAUGUGAAUAAUCUUUCUGGGAGUAUUCCUCCUGAGAUUGGCAGCAUGGCUUCUCUACAAGUUUUAGAGCUAUGUUGUAACCAGCUCGCAGGGUACAUACCUACAGAGAUGGGGUCCUUGAAGAAGCUAAGCGUUCUAGCAUUGCAGUAUAACAGACUAUCUGGUCAAAUUCCUGCCAGCUUAGGGACCUUGGGAAUGUUAAAAAGGCUUGAUAUGAGUUUUAAUUACUUGUCUGGGACCAUUCCUCAAGGAAUAGCUAACAUUCCACGUCUGGAAGUGCUGGAUGUCCGGAACAAUUCUCUUUCUGGAACUGUUCCUUUUCCUUUGAAGAGAUUAAAUGGGGGAUUUCAGUUUGAGAACAACGAAGGUUUAUGUGGAACUGGAUUUCCUCUAUUGAGAGCUUGCAGUGCUUUUGAUAAUAUGAACAUCAACCAAGUUGGCUCGUUGGAACCGAUCGCUAAUAAUUCUGCUCGAAAAGUUAUCCCCCAGUCUGCAAUUCUGCAGGCACAUUGCAACCAAACCCUUUGUUCAAAUUCAUCAAAACUUCCACAGGCUGCCAUUGUGGCAGGUGUUAUUAUAGUCAUUAUCACAUUGAUGGCUGCUGGAUUUCUUAUCAUUUUCUGCUAUCGCCGGAAGAAACAAAAGAUUGGGAAUACAUCUGAUUCUUCUGAUGGUCGGCUAAGCACUGACCAGGCAAAGGAGUUCCACAGGGCUGGUGCCUCUCCACUUGCAAGUCUUGAGUAUUCUAACGGAUGGGACCCUUUAGGUGACAGCCGAAAUGGCAUUGAAUUCUCUGUAGAGCAUCUAAAUAACUUCAGAUUCAACCUGGAAGAGAUCGAGUCUGCUACCCAGUGCUUUUCUGAGGUGAAUGUAUUGGGAAAGAGCAACUUCUCAACUGUCUACAAAGGAGUUCUCAGAGAUGGUUCUCUUGUAGCUAUUAAGAGCAUUAACGUAACCAGCUGUAAACCUGAAGAAGCCGAGUUUUUAAAGGGUUUAAACUUGCUAACAUCUUUGAGACAUGACAACCUCACUCGGCUGCGAGGCUUUUGUUGCUCCAGGGGCAGGGGUGAAUGUUUUCUUAUCUAUGAUUUUGCUCCCAAGGGAGAUCUGUCAAGAUACCUUGAUUUAGAAGAUGGAAGCAACCAAGUUCUUGACUGGUCUACAAGAGUUUCCAUUAUCAAUGGCAUCGCAAAAGGUAUUAGAUAUUUGCACAGCAUUGAAGAGAAGAAACCUGCCAUAAUUCAUCGAAGAAUAUCUGUUGAGAAGGUCCUCCUUGACCAGCAGGUAAAUCCAUUAAUUGCAGACUCCGGCCUUGCUAAGCUUCUAGCAGAUGACAUUGUCUUCUCAACUAUCAAAAUCAGUGCUGCCAUGGGAUACCUAGCUCCAGAAUAUGUAACUACAGGGCUUUUUACGGAAAAGAGUGAUAUAUAUGCAUUUGGAGUGAUCAUCCUCCAAAUCCUAUCCGGUAAACAGUUGCUGUCCAAUUCAAUGCGAUUGGCAGCUGCAUGUUGCAGAUACAAUGACUUCAUUGACAAAAGCCUCCGUGGAAACUUCUCCGAGCCUGAGGCAGCGAAGCUGGCAAAAAUUGCACUAACUUGCACUGACGAUCUCCCUGACCAAAGACCAACCAUGAAGGAAGUGAUUCAAGAGCUGAACCUAAGCAAUGCUGGUUCUUAACGGCCAUAUUUCUCUGUACCCCACAAAUUGUUCUAUCAUGCAACCAAGGAGACCUUACUAAACAACGCCGCUGCUGUGACUCCUACUGAUAUCACACUCUGUCGCUUGGAUGGAAACUAAUGCUUACCGCAAACUGGAAAAGAUGGUUAGUUGGUUGAUGAGAGUCGCUCUAAAAAUCCCUGUAAUCUUAAUCGUAAUAAUUUUUAGCUUUAUCUCUUCGAUAAACUGUAUGUUAUAAUCCCUUGUAAACUACAUAAAAAAAGAGAGAAUAUUUUGUAGUAUUAUGAUUGAUUUUGUCUAUGAAAGCAGUUUUUCGAAUAGGAUCUUUUCUUUGUCAGUCUGAUG